UUCCGGCCACCGUGGAUUUGACAGGUAAACAAAACCACGAGGUCGUUGUUUUGUUUACCUGUCAUAUCCACGCUGGCAAAAUAGCGACUGCAACAAGAUGAAGUGUGUGUAACAGCGAAGGCGAUGAUUAGAUUGUGUAUGAGGUGAUUAGAGGUGUAUGUCUAUGCAUAGCCUAACUCAAGUCAUACUUUUCAAAACAACGAGAUAGGGAGGUUUAUGGAAGAGCCGACCGUGUUAGCAACUGAAAAGGUAUUUGCUGUGUGUUUUGUCCCAACUCAACAUGGGGCAGUAUUUCUGCAAACUUGGAUGGUUUAAGAAGAAGGAUGUUAGACUGCUUAUGCAUGGACUCGAUGCUGCAGGGAAGACCACGAUAAUGUACAUGCUUAAACUCGGAGAGGUUGUUUCAACCAUUCCAACAAUUGGUUUCAAUGUGGAGACGGUUACAUACAAGAAUAUCAACAUCACGUCCUGGGAUGUGGGUGGCAGAGGCGCUAUCCGCCCCCUGUAUCGCCACUACUACCCCGGCACCGACGCCGUCCUGUUCGUGGUUGACAGCAAUGACCUGGAACGUAUGGAGCAAGCCAGGGACGAGCUGGUACGUUUGCUUGAGGAAAAGGACCUCAAGGACACCGUCUUCCUCGUACUGGCCAACAAGCAGGACCUGCCAGGCGCCAUGACAGUUCCAGAGGUUGCCAAGGCAGUGGACUUCCAGGGGAUACUGAAAACUCAUAGAGCGACCAUCAUAGGAUGCAGUGCUAUCUCAGGUGAGGGACUUAAUGACGCCCUGCACUGGAUGUCACAGGAAUUUGCCGAGGGGAGGUCACGGCAAAGCCCGGAUGCUAACCCUAGUGACCCGGAAACAGAUGCAACCUCGGAGAAGAAGACUGAAAAGUCUCCCUGGUCUCUGUCCACUUACAUGAAAGGAACACUGGAGUCUCUGAAAGCGUUUUUACCGAAACUAGGUUGAACACCUACGUGUACGAUAACGGGUCUUGGUUUAAUUCGAGAAAAUAAAGCACACAUGUUAUGUUAUAUCAGAGACCAUAAGAUUGAGGGACAGUCAUCUUAGCUAUGUGCUUGUACUGCACAGUAGGGCUUCCACGAGUCCAAUUUUUUGGACUCGAGUACCCGAGGAGGGAAACUCGACUCGUACUCGAGUACCCGAAAGUAGGACGUCCUUUAAGAAUAUUGGUUCAUUAGAUCAAAAUUGCUAUCUAAAAGUAUUAAAACAUGUUAUAAGUAUAAUUGAAAUGCACUGAAAUGUAAAUAGAAAGCGUCCACGGAACUUAUUUAUCUGUCAAAGUGUAUGAAAGUGUUCAGUGUUAAUGUUUGCUUGUAACUGCACUAAUCUUAAUCACGACCUUCAAAAACAUUACGUCACGUCUACAAAUACUACUAUACAUAUUGAACACAAACCAAGUUUUUUUUUCUGACGAUCAGCUUUUCAUUCGACACCUGCCAAUAAGCACGAACAAUAAUUCGCAGGAAGAAAAUCGAUAAUGUGCAUCACGUGACAUACACGUAUACACAGCUGGUGGGCUGCAAGACUAAGGCCGCUAAAUAUGGAAAUAUACGUAGUACUAUAAGUUCAUUCAUUCAUGAGUUGGUCACGUUUUCAAAUUGUACCAAACUGUCGACCUGUCGCUUGAUUUGUAAGCACUGAAAUAGCACAUAUAUACCAGCUAAUCAGUUGUUAAUCUGUGUAAGGGAAUACACUUGGCAUUUGAGUCGGAGCAAAGAAGCAAUAAUCGCCUUGAUACAUUCAUAAUUACGUCUAGGAUUACACCAUACCACUGUUGCAGCCCGAUGUAGUAGGUAGGGAGCGGCAAAAGCCAGGGGAUGGAGUGAGACUGCACAGGAAUCAGAAUUGUCAAAACGGCAUGUUCUAUAUAUACUGUUCAACUUUUAACAGGGAUAUUUUUUUUUCCAUAAUAAACAAAACUGAUUCUCAUAUGUCAAAUGGGUUUUUUAAACAGAAUGGCAUGUUUAUCCCUUUCAAACGUUGAGUAGAAUACAUACCCCACACCGGCCAUUUUAUGAAAAACAAAACUAAACAUACUAAACAUCGGUACAUUUGGAAGCUUUGAAGGUGAAAAGGCAUACUAGAAGUACACUAAUUACAACACUAUAACUUACUUAUUAUGAAAAUUGCCAAAUUAUAAAACGCACCCCUAUUUUUUGCCAAAUCCUGUAUCUGGUUGUAAUUGUGUGUGUAAAGGGCUUCAUGUGCAACAGAUAUUGAUGCCUCGCUGAAGCCCUCCGACGUUAGAAGGACAAGUUUAAUAGGGUGCCUAUCUAGACUCGCCGAGAGGAGUUAAUACUGGAUAAUAAUGAGAAAACUGUUUGUCUUCGAUUUGAUAGUGAGCGAGGAAAGAUUUAAUCUUGCAUCGGCAAUAAGAAGAUAUUCUUUGAUUUGUUGGUGACUAUGAGGACAUAUUGACAGAGUACUCCCUCCUUCAUGGUUGAAUACGGAUUAUGGUGUACAUCUUGUACUUGUUAUAUGAACUGGUUGAUGAACCAAUAUAUCGGCAUAUGAAUCGGUUUGUAUUCUCACAUGUAAACAACAAAUUCAAAGAGUUAAUUGUAUCACAUGUUCACCUCUUGGGAAUAAAUAUCGUUGCCUGAAA